CUUCUGGGAAAGUCCAAAGCGCCGCAUCUGAAGGGCGGAGGGGAGGUAGAGAUUACUGCUGGGAAGCGGGGAGGAAAGGGGGCAAAAUUGCAGAAAAGGGGGGUGGGGGGGUUUAAACCUGUUCAGCGCCUGUCGCGGUAUCGAGAAAGCGGUUCCCCCGUGAGCAUGGGGCAGACCGACAGCGGCUGACGGACGGGAAGCGGGCUUGUUUACAUGCAGCAGGCCGGCGGCCUCGGGUCUGGCAUCCGGCUGCGAGGGGAGACAUGAGCGGGCCGCUGUGACUGCGCGCUGUCAGAGCUCUUGGCCCGGAGGCUGCUUGCCGACUAAAUCUCAUUGUGUGAACAUAACAGAGCAGAGAAUGGAGAAACCGCCGUUCAGGCAGAAUCAGGUGUGCGGAUUGUGGGAGAUGAAGGAGAAACUGGGAACGGGAGGAUUCGGCCAUGUGUAUUUGUACCAGCAUCUGGAGACAGCCGAGAAGAUUGCUGUCAAGUCGUGCCGCUUGGAGCUGACUCAGAAGAACAAAGAAAGAUGGUGCCGGGAAAUACAAAUCAUGAAGAAGCUUAAUCAUCCCAAUGUAGUGACAGCCCGGGAAGUGCCAGAGGAAAUGACAAACAUAGCCUUUAAUGACCUCCCACUCUUAGCAAUGGAAUAUUGCUCCAAGGGAGAUCUUCGUAAGAUGUUGAACAAGCCAGAGAAUUGCUGUGGAUUGAAAGAGAGUGAAGUGCUCUCCUUGCUCAGUGACGUUGGGUCCGGCAUCCAGUAUUUGCAUGAAAAUAAAAUUAUACACAGGGAUCUUAAACCAGAGAACAUAGUUCUUCAGGAUGUUGAUGGAAAGUUAGUCCACAAAAUAAUUGAUCUGGGGUAUGCCAAGGACCUGGAUCAAGGGAGUCUUUGCACAUCGUUCGUGGGAACGCUGCAGUACCUGGCCCCCGAGCUGUUUGAGAACAAGCCGUACACCGUGACAGUGGACUACUGGAGCUUCGGCACAAUGAUCUUUGAAUGCAGCUGUGGUUUCCGUCCUUUUCUGCAUAAUCUCCAGCCCAUCCAAUGGACCACAAAAGUGCGUAACAAAGGCCCAAAGGACAUCAUGGCUGUUGAAGAAAUGAAUGGGGAAGUCAAGUUCUCCACCCACUUGCCUUACCCUAAUAACCUCAGCAGGACAAUGUUGGAGCCUCUUGAAAGUUUGUUACAGCUGUUGCUGCGAUGGGACCCUGUGCAGAGAGGAGGGCCUGUACACUCUGACACAAAUCAGCCUCAGUGCUUUGUUCUUCUGGAUAUGAUUUUAAACAUGAAGGUUGUGCACAUAUUAAACAUGACCUCUGCCAAAAUCCACUCGUUUCAACUGAGCCCAGAAGAGGGACUCCACUGUCUUCAGCAGCGCAUUGAAUUGGAGACUAGCAUUGAGCAUCUGAACCAGGAGCUGCUGCUUGAAACUGGGGUCUCCCUGGACCCCAGGAAGCCUGCAGCUCAGUGUGUCCUGGAUGGAUUUAGAGGAUGGGACAGCUACAUAGUUUACCUGUUUGACAAAAGCAUGACUGUAUAUUCGGGACCUUUUGCGGCCAGAAAACUACCAGAUAAUGUCAAUUUUAUAGUCCGGGAAUCCAGAACACAGUUGCCCAACAGCUCACUGAGGAAAGUUUGGGGUGAAGCAGUGAGUUACAUCUGUGGACUGAAGGAAGACUACAGCCGCCUUUUCCAGGGACAGAGAGCAGCAAUGCUGAGCCUCCUUCGGUACAAUACCAACCUCACAAGAUACAAAAACCUGAUGUUUUCAGUCUCUCAGCAGUUAAAAGCUAAGCUAGAUUUCUUCAAGACCAGUAUCCAGUAUGACUUGGAAAAAUACAGCGAUCAGAUGCAGUAUGGCAUAUCUUCUGAGAAGAUGCUGAAAGCUUGGCAAGAGAAUGAGGAGAAGGCAGCUAACUUUGGACAGGUUGCGGAAAUCAGCCAUUUAGAUGAAGAAAUAAUGUCUCUGCACUCUGAGAUUGUUGAGCUGCAGAGAAGCCCAUAUGCAAGGCGUCAGGGAGAUGUCAUGGAGCAGCUUGAAGAGAAAGCAAUUGACCUCUACAAGCAGCUUAAGUUGAAAUGUAAAGCAGAAUCCCAACAUGGCUACAGCGACAGCUCUGAGAUGGUCAAAGUCAUUGUCCAAACGGUGCAGAACCAAGACCGAGUCCUGAGAGACCUGUAUGCACACUUAAGCAAGAUCUUAUCUAGCAAGCAGAAGAUAAUCGAUUUGUUCCCAAAGAUUGAGAAAGCCCUUGAGAACAUUAAGGAAGCUGACAACAUGGUGAUGCAGAUGCAGAUGAAGAGACAGAGAGAAUUCUGGCAUUUGCUGAAGAUUGCUUGUGCUCAGAAUUCAUCGCGAACCCUUAUAAAUCCAAGUCUGGAGGCGUCCAGCUCGCCACGGGUCUCAGCAUGGACACAGCAUGGGCAGCCCAUCAGUUCACCAAAUCCACUCACAUCCUUACAUGGACCAAAUGACAGUGACUCAGUGCCUCGCUUACUAGAAGAGAAUCAGAUGUAUCUUAGCCAGCUGACGAGCCUGAUGCAGGAAACCACUGAGGAGCAAGUGAAAAGUAUAAUGGAUCAAGAUUGGAGCUGGACAAAAUAUGAAGCUCUGUCCAUGAAAAGGACGAAAAUGUAAACUUUUGCAGCAGUGUGGCUUUCAGACAAAUGUUCUGACUUCCUCAUCUGUUAACACUAAUGGUAUUUGUUUUGAAAUCUGUUUACCAGCACUUCCCCCUUGUUAUCAGAGCAUAGUUUAUUUCAGGCAUGAGCUUCCCAGUCUCUCGGUUGUUUUGAAGCAAGAUGAUGUUCCUUUGUGGACGCUUGAACGUGCGUUCUGAUGAGGUGCAGCAGAAAAGAGCAGUGCGCAGUACAUCGUCAGUAAUGGGCUUUAUCUCCCCAAGCGUUUGCCUGAAGUCUGCUUGCACAAAGAGGUGUCAGAAAAUUCUUCUUCCAAGCUGAAGAUGUGAUCUGACAUCGUGUACUCUGUGCAUUUUCGUUUCUGAACCGAACCACUAUGAAGGACGGAAUAAAUAUAAGCACGUAAUGCAAAAAAAACUUUUCUCCUUGCUACCUUGUGCAUUUUCUCAUGGUUCCUUUUUAGAAAAUAGUAGGACACUUAUCAAAAUUUACAGAAUUAACAGAAUCUGAUUUUUGUGGGCCGCUUCAAUUGGUGUUGGUGGGGGUGGGGAGGAAUAAUGCUGUAGUAUCGUAUUAAACAGUGAAAUUUUUCAUGAUCUGAAAAUGCACUUUAAAAGUUCACUGUGAACUUAAGUGGAGGAUGUGUCUUUACCAGUGGAAUAGUCACUGGAGUAUUUUAUUACCCCACAUAUAACUAUAAUUUCUUUACUGUCUGUAGUAGUUUUUUCAGAUCUGUUUCUAGGCUUGUUUGUAUCUCUGACUGCUUUUAUAAGUCAAAAGUGGAUUUAGGCAGUACAUGACUUUCUCUUCAGGGAAUGUUAAAGUAGACGUUUGUAGUCGCAUAUAAUUGUGUGCACAUACAGCUUUUAAAAUUGCAAUUGAAUACUUAUUUAUUGGUCUGAUUUCUAAGUAGUAGUUUGCUUCAUAUAGUCCUUCUAUGGAAUGACUGUCAGAACUGUCUUAAAACAGUCCUUCAGACAGAAGUAAAGGUUUUUCUUUACACCUGUAUAGAACUGCACAGCUGACAAAUCUUUAUAUAAUCUUAUUGCAGUGUUAGUGUUGAGGAAUUCGUCUACUACGUAAACAGAAUUUGACAGAAAACUGAUUUUGUAAGAUUUUCAGUUUGAAACUGGGUAAGGGAAAAUGUUAACUUGCAGUAUUUAGAAGAUGAGCAUUCAUGAGAAACCGGACUUUAAUGUGCCGUUCUGUAAAAUUCAAGGGGAAAGAAUUUGUAGAUAAUUAUUUUUUCUUUUAUUCUUCCACUUUUAAAGGCCAUUUUUUCUCAUAAGACACAUCAUCAUUAGUUGUAUUAAUUUAUUUGACAUUUUUAAAAAGUGACUUAUAUUCAUUCCUGUUUACACUGCUGGGCCUUUUACUGCAGCAAUCUGAGUGAAUUGCCUUUCUCAAGGAUACAGCUAGCAGACAUGAUGAUAAAUUGAUAAUACUGGUAGUUUUAAUCAAUGGUCAGAUUUCACUGUGGUAUCUGAAACCUUACCUUAAUCCUCACAGUUCAGAACAGUCUGCCUGUUAAAUGCCCGGGCCAUUUCAAGACUGUUUCAGGUCCUGCCACUGGGGGAGCUCCACCAUUGCAGGGUUAUGUUACCUCUGACAUGUGUCCUGUAAUUGUGAGCUCACAGAUCUCUCUUGUGCUUGCUGAAAUGCCUGUGAACAGUGUUUUCUGUUUGUUCCAUUGUCAAACAGCAGUUGUGAAGCCUUACUAUAACCAUAAAUGAAGCAGUGCCACCCAGAAUUCAAAACGGUUCAACUCCAGGAGAGCUGUCAAGACCAAGUACAUAUUUUCACAGACUUCAAGUUUUGGAGUCAUAAGCUGCAAGAUUUACAAAGCAACUUCAGUUACUUUUAAUAUUUCUACAUAUUUGCUACUGAAAAGGACAUGGAAGUGGAGUUUGCUCUUUGAAAGGAAAUUUGCAGUUGUAAAAAUAGUUUCUUAUUGUAAUGCAAUGGACGUUUUUUUUGUUAUUAGUCCAUAAGAUGCAUCUUUUAGAUGAAUUUAUGCUGCUUUGCUUUGAAGAGCUACACACCUGAUAAUGUGUAACAUGUAAUUUUAUACUGUUUGGGAAUUGUUAAAUGAUGGAAUUGUACAGUUUUGAAAGUGUGUACACCAGUUUGAUUGUAAAUGUGUAAAAAUGCAUAUUAUUGUGAUUAAUUAAAUAUGUAAUACCACAA